AUGGAACUGGGGCAGUGCACCACUCCGCCCUGUCCCUUGAACACCACCGGUAGACCCCCCAACGCCACUUCCGAGGACCUCGACGCUGCCGGGAGCACCGUCGUGACUUCCCUGCUGGGCUGCAUCCUGGGCGCGAUGUGCCUGGUUGGGAUGGUGGGAAACGUCUACACCCUGGCGGUGGUCCACCUCUCCGCGAGACUGACCGGUUCCAUGUCUGUGUACAUCGUCAACCUGGCUCUGGCAGACCUCCUGUAUCUCUCCACCAUUCCUUUCGUAGUCUGCACCUAUGUCUUGAAGGACUGGUAUUUUGGAGACGUGGGGUGCCGGAUCCUGUUCAGCCUGGACUUGCUCACCAUGCACGCCAGCAUCUUCAUCCUCCUGGCCAUGAGUAUGGAGAGGUACCUGGCGGUCGUCAAGCCUCUGGAUACCAUCAGGAGGCCGAGAGAUUACCGAAGGAUGAUCACCUGCUCCGUGUGGCUGGCGUCCUUCCUCUUGGCCUUGCCGACCAUGAUCCUCAUCGACCUACGGACCAGCAUCCAGGACGGGGUGGUCAAGCACAUGUGCUACCCCACGUGGCAGAUGGAGGCCUACAAAGUCUACCUCACUGUCCUUUUCAACACUUGCAUUUUGGCCCCCGGGGUGGUCAUUUGCUACUUGUACGUCCAGCUCGCCAGGGCUUAUUGGAGAUCUCAGGUGGCCGUCUUCAGCCCCAAGGAAGUGAAUAGAUGUCCCAGGCAGAAGGUCUUGUACAUGAUAUUUAGCAUUAUCCUCACCUACUGGACCUGCUUCAUCCCGUUCUGGCUCUGGCAGCUGCUCGGCGUCUAUCGCCACCAGACCGACGACAUUGCGGACAACACAGCUGUCAAUUUCCUCGUGACCUGCCUGGCUUACAGCAACAGCUGCAUCAACCCUUUCCUCUACACGCUGCUGUCCAGGAACUACAAGGAGUACCUCAGGAGCCGGCAGAAGAGCAGUGUCAACCUCUCCAAGAUCAAGCCGAGGAGGAGCUCCUCGAAGAGGUCGGUGCUGACCGGAAGCCACCGAUACACGGAGGCGGUGGCCGUUGCUCGGAUCAAAGACAUUGACGGUGAGGAUGCCGUCUCCUUGUGA